AUGAACCAGCUCAAACAGAUCCAGUCCCAGAUGUUUCUUCUUGGUCUACACCAAGACAGAUUCACCCUCAGCAAGCUCAUGGCCUUUUGCACAGACCCAUCCCUUGGAAACUUGAAUUACGGUGAGGAAGUCUUCCAUUACAUCCAAAACCCAUGUUUGUUCGUUUACUAUAGAAUGAUUAAAGCGUUUGCUAAAAGGGGUAGUUUCAGAAGUGCCCUUGAGCUCUUUCGACGGCUGAGGGAAGAGGGCUUGUGGCCGGAUAGUUUCAAGUACCCAUUUGUUUUUAAAGCCAUUGGAUGCUUGAGAGAGCCUCGUGAAGGAGCAGAGGUUCAUGGGCUUGUUGUAAAAACUGGCUUUGAGUUUGAUGCGUAUGUAUGUAACUCGCUCAUUGACAUGUAUACUGACUUGGGUAUGGUUCGAAAUUUUAAGCAAUUGUUUGACGCAAUGCCUUACAGAAAUUGGCUUUGUUGGAAUGUUACGAUUUCAGGGUAUGUUAGGUGCAGGAGGUUUGAGGAUGCUUUUGAUAUGUUCCAGCGGAUGCGAUGUGAGAGCAAUAAGAAGCCUGAUGAGACUACGGUGGUAAGCACCCUUUCGGCUUGCACAGCAUUGAAAAAUUUGGAGCUUGGCCGGCGAAUUUUUGAUGAGAUACCAUCGAAAAACGUGAUCUGUUGUACUAGUAUGGUGUCUGGGUAUGUAAAUUGUGGUAGGCUGGAUGAGGCUAGAGAGGUUUUUGAUGUGAGUUCAAUUAAGGAUGCUGUUCUAUGGACCGCUAUGAUUAAUGGGUAUGUGCAAUAUAACCGUUUUGAUGAGGCGGUGGCUCUAUUCCAAGAGAUGCAAAUUAGAAGAGUUAAAGGAGAUAAAUUUACAGCGGUUACUCUCCUCACAUGCUGUGCUCAGUCGGGAGCAUUAGAUUAG